UAUAAUCAUAAUAUGAAAAAGUGAAGAAUUGUUUUUUUGGUACACGUUGUACUGGUCACGUUGCGGUCACGUUUGUGUGACGAUAUGUCUUUCCCAAGGUGAAGGGUCUUGAUUAUAAAGUAUAGAAAGCGAUCAAACAAAAGAAAUAAUUUCAGAAAAUUCUUUAAAUGACUAUUUAUUCUUAAUCGGUAAAGUAUUUCUAUACAAAGUUUUACAACAUAUUUGUUGACAUACUAUUUUUCUGAAUUUUGAUUUAAUGUUUCAUAAAUCGAAAAUGGUUCAAUAAUGUUAUUGCACCUUUGUCAAUAUUGCAACAUGAGCCCACGGGCCAAAUCUAAUCUUGAUUUCGAGCAGAGCAACGACACACAUAUAAUAAUAUAUAAUAAUCCGACAAUUUGUCAAGGCUGCAUAGGGUUACAUUCUCGUAUUACAAUUUUAAGUGACCUUUAUCAAAAUCUCUGCGUGUGUGUUUAAAAAAAAACAUUGUUCGACUGGAAUUUAAGACAUGUCUACCGAGCUCUCUUGGAGAUGCAAAUUUUCUUACAGCUCGGGCCAUGUGCUGAAUGAUCUUUGUGCUGGACUAUGGUUCACGUAUCUGCUUAUCUUCCUUAACAAAGUCGCGUUAUUUACGAGCUCUAAUUCCGGCACCUUGCUACUCAUCGGUCAGCUCGUCGAUGCUUGUGUAACUCCGUUUGUGGCGAUGGAUAUUGACAGGAUAGGAAACUGGCGUUAUGGUCGACGCAAGGUCUGGCAUUUGAUUGGUAGUCUGAUGGUAGCAGUGACAUUUCCGUUCAUUUUCAGCCCGUGCUUAGGAUGCCUAUAUUCGAAGCAAUGGGCCAAGUUUUUUUAUUACGUACCGUUUAUAUUCAUUAUGCAAGUUGGUUGGGGUAUAACUCAAAUAUCCCACUUGUCUCUUAUACCUGUCAUAGCAGGCAGAAUGCAUGGCAAGGUCGAAUUAAAUGCUGGGAGGUAUGCAGCUACUGUGGCAUCUAACAUAUUUGUAUUCAUCAUAACCUGGAUCAUGCUUGAUGCUGGCAAGGAGGAGCUGGAUCCUAACAUGCUGUCCAAGUCUGAUUCCAAGGCAUUUAUGUAUGUUGUGUUCAUCGUGGUGGGAGUUGGUCUUGUGUUUGUUGCCAUAUUCCACGUUGGUGUUAAAGAGAAGCCCCGCGACUGCUCACAUGAAUUUGCCACUGCAUCGAGUAAACGGUCAGCUUCCAACUGGAAAAUGUGGUUCAGGGUGCCACUCUUCUAUCAGACUGCUAUCCUGUAUAUGUGCACUCGCCUUAUUGUCAACAUCACUCAAGUCUACAUCCCCAUGUACACACUCGAGACUCUACAUCUUACCAAGGACAAAAUUGCCAUCAUGCCGUUAAUUAUUUACGUCAGCGGUUUUUUGUCGACCUUCCUCUCCAAACCGAUGAACAAGUUGAUAGGACGUAAGGGUGUUUUCUUGUAUGGACUUGCUAUCAUAUUUGCCGCGUGCGUGUGGAUGUGGUUUCUGCCGGCUCGUAAUGCGCAAGUGUACGGCGUGAGUGUGCUGAUCGGCAUCGGGGGCUCAACAUUGUUAGUGACGGCGCUGACAAUGCUCGCAGACCUCAUCGGCGAGAAUGUUGAGACAGGCGCGUUCGUGUAUGGUGCGAUGAGCUUCAUGGAUAAAAUGUCUAACGGAAUUGUCGUCCAGAUUGUGCAGGCGUUUUAUCCGAAGUCAAGCCCUUCCAAUCCUGAUGCCGGAGAUACAUAUUAUCGUGGAGUUAUGGUAUUCAUAGCAGGAGGGGCUGCUGUCCUAGCCCUAGUUACCCUGGCAACCACCAUCAAUCGAACUCCACCUCCUGAUGCCCAAACAGGCACACAUGAGUUACCUGCUGAGGAGAGGAGAAGACUCCUUACUGGUCCCUCUAUCGAUCAAAGCUUGGACUUUGGAAUGUCUUGGUCACUUGUCUUCAUCAAAGGGCCGUUGACCCCAUAUGAGCCUAUUGAUAGGACUUGUUCAUUUAGGGAAGAUAAAACUGAGAUGGCUGAUUCAGGGACCCAUAGGCAUUUUGCUAAACAUGACAUUGGUCCGUCAUCAUACGAUGCAAUUAACACAUAACCAUGACAUGUUAGUCAAAAUGCAAGGAAUUUUAUUGGGCCAAAAUUGCUUUAUUGGCUUUUGAGGGGGGAGGGGUAAGGUGUGUGUCCUCCUUGUCCCCCCCCCCCUAAGAAAAAGAUUAAGCCUUCAGAUAAAAGCUUUUGACCUGCAAAAGUACAAGCCUUCUCUCUUUGACUUCAGCAGAUCUCUCACAUUUGAAGAUUCCUUUGAAUCUAGAUCUACUAGAUUUUGGCUUGUCGAAGGGAGUGAAUCACAAGAAAAUGGAGUUUAACAGGAAUAUUAUAAAAAUAGUCAACACACUAUUUACACUUAAUUUAUUUGAAUGACAGAUUUGUACUAUUUCAAAUCACAGUUCUUUAGUAAUUAGUUUAAAAGCAGGCAGUAGCCAAGGGGGGGGGGGGUGCACUUAGCGGACCUUUUUCUCUUAGAUGUCUCGUCCUAGCUUGCAGUGGUACUUAAUUUUCCUUGAUUAGAGUGGACCUUCGAGUCGAGUGGGGGGUUCUUCCGAACCCACCUGGCUAAGGGCCUGAAAAGUAAUAAUAAUGAUCAUGCUGAGGGUGAUAUGAUAACGAAGCUUACUCCCUGUCAAUCAGGGAGUUGUGAGAGAUUUGUUUUUUAUUUAUUUGUUUUUUAUUAUUUUUCCUCACAGCUCCUUGCUCACACUCUUUCAACCUCUCUGCAAUUACCCAAAGAAAAUUCAUUAGAAAGACCACAAGAAAAAAAGUGAAAAAACUUUUCCAGCUUCCAGACCCAAUAGGCUGAAUAGAUUUUGCUUUGUGGUCAUUUUUUUGAACAAUUUUUAUUUUUGAUUAAAGAACGAUGUAUAAGUAAUAACAAAUACAAAUAGCUUAUUUAAAAUAAAAAAAGAAUAAAUAAAUUGGUUUAUGUUUUGGGGGGUUCCUAACGAUUUGUAACAACACCACCCAAAAAAAGAAAAGGCCAUUUUAAAAGUAAAAUAGACGAAGAAUGUACAUGUGCUAGAGUAUUUGUAAUUUACUUCUAGUGAAUAUAAUUUCAUAACUAAUCAAAGAAAACUAUCAAAUAUUUUAAUAUUCCCUUUGAGAAGGACGAAUAAAACAAUGGAGUUCUUGUA